AUGAAAUCAAUUCUCCAACAGCGUAAUGCGCGAAAUGUACGCGAGAGACACAUACACAGUCAUAAUAAUGCCAAUAAUGAUAUUCAUCACAAUGAUGCAAGGAAUCAACACCAGCGUCAACAUCAAGGACAUUCUAGGCGCAGACAUGGUCAUCAUGAUGAUCACCAUAACAACCAACAUAAGCUAGCACAAGGUGCACAUAUCAAUAAAUUAGAUAAUGAUGAUUAUGAUGAUGGUAAUGAUAAUGAUAAUUCCGCUGAAGCAAACGCGAACGACGACGACAUCACAGCAACCACUUAUGAGGCGAAUAUGAAAGAGCGUGGCCUAAAUACCAAAGACUUGAACAACACCGAAAAGGCUGACAUAGAUUUGGUGUUCUUUAAUCGGGUCGCUAAAGUCGGCAGCCAAUCGUUAAUGCAGCUGAUGACACGUUUGGGUAAACUUAAUGGUUUCUCAACGUCACGCGAUAGUGGUAAACGUUAUGAGACUGUUCUUAUUGGACCACAUCAGCAGCGUGAAUUGAUAAAGGAGGUGUUGACGAAGCCAAAGCCGCAUGCCUAUAGCCAACAUUUGGCAUAUAUAAAUUUUAAACGCUUCCACCUGCCCCAACCCAUCUAUGUGAAUUUGGUGCGGCAUCCGAUCGAACGUGUUAUCAGUUGGCAUUAUUACGUACGUGCCGAAUGGUAUUAUAAAGAUAUGAAGGCUAAAUUGGGUGAUCAAGCACCACCGAGACCUUCGGAUGAAUUUAUGCAAAUGGACUUGGAUACUUGUGUGAAAACGAAAAAUAUUUAUUGUCAGUUUAAUCAGGAUGAGAUAGCAAAUCAAUCCGGUGAUCAUCGUCGGCAAACGUUAUUCUUUUGCGGACAAAAUAGAAAACUCUGCUUGCCGUUUAACUCAGCUGCAGCAAUGCAGAAAGCCAAACGUACCGUGGAAGAAGAAUAUGCAGUUGUUGGCACUUGGGAAGACACAAACAUCACACUAUCUGUACUAGAACACUAUAUACCGAGAUUUUUCAAACACGCAAAAGUCGUCUAUCACAUGGGUAAAGAACAGUUGUCGGUGGUCAAUAAGAACCCGGUUAAAAGACCGGUGAGCCAGGAAACACGUGAUAUACUCAGCAAGAAUUUCACUAAUGAAAUUGAAUUUUACGAAUUUUGUAAACAGCGCUUGUAUCUGCAGUACAGUACGAUCAGUAAUUUCGGCCGAUUAGACAAUGAUGAUUAUGUGCUGAUACCGGAACAUAGUGAUGAUGAUCAAAUCUACGACGAUGAUUAUUGA